AUGAAAAGGAAAUAUGGUGACAAUGUAAUGAAUGGAACUCAAAGGAGCAUUAGUUCAAAUGCAUGGAAAAUUCUAGUGGAUGGUGGGAGUAAUCUGAGGAUGGCGAUGUGUUGGAAGGUGGGGAAGGGAGAUAAAAUCAAUAUUCUGAAUGACAGUUGGGUGCUUGAUAGAUGCAUUAAUCGUUGGCCUCCUUUUGCAGACUGCAACUUCCUGGAUGGUAAGAAUGUGCAGCAACUGAUCCUAUCUAAUGGUAUGUGGAAUUGUGAAUUGUUACAAAGAGCAUUUCAUCCAUACCUUAUUUCUUUAAUCACUCAAGUUCCAAUUGAGUAUGAUGAUGAGGACCAGAUGGUGCUGAUGAAGAUGUGUUCGGGGAAGACGGUGUCUUCCAUGGUAUAUGAACAAAUGUGGAUUAAUAAAUACAAUUUGGAGGAUGUGGAAUAUUUCAGCUGGGUAAAGAAGUUGAAGAUGAGCAAGAACAUUGAAAUUUUCUGGUGGAGACUUGGUAAAUCAGCUAUACCAACUAAUAUGCUUCUUAUGAACCGCAAAUUCUCAGAUAAUUCCCUUUGUCCUAGAGGUUGCCAAGCUAAUGAAACGUAUGAGCACAUUAUGGUACAAUGUAAGUAUCUGAUCGAAAUCAUUAUGAAGCUGCGGGAGUGGGGAAUUUUUAUUCCUAUUUUCCAUUCGCUGGAAUGCUGUUUGGAGGACUUAAGGAAGAUGUCUGUCCAGAAUUCUGGGAUUGUUCGGGUGUAUUGUUCUAUUGUUUAUUAUUAUUGGAAGAACCGAAAUGAUAUUAAGCAUGGUAAGUCUGCUAUGCCAUGCUCCAUUGUUGCUGCUAAUGCUUUGUUUUAUGCAGUUUCCAAAUCUGGUCCAUUUCUUUCUAGCUGGGGUACUAAUCUCCUUAGGGAGUCUCAAAGAACUUGGUACCCUCCACCGAAGGAAUGGAUUAAGGUUAAUAUAGAUGCAUCUUUGACAAGCUCUAAUGUGGCUAGCAUUGGAGGAAUCUUUUGGGAUCACAAAUGA